ACAGGUCGCCCGACGCGCGCGACGAGCCGGUGGUGCAGUGUCCCGGGGCCCCGAGCGCCGAGCCCGGGAGCAUGAUCGUGGACAAGCUGCUGGACGACAGCCGUGGCGGAGAGGGGCUGCUGGACGCGGCCGGCGACUGCGGCCUCAUGACCAGCCCGCUCAACCUGGCCUACUUCUACGGCGCCUCGCCGCCGGCCGCCGCUCCUGGAGCCGGCGACGCGGGCUGCACGUCGUCCGGGCCCUCGGCGCCCGGCUCGCCCGGCUCUGACUCCUCCGACUUCUCCUCCGCGUCCUCCUGCGGGGCCGUCGAGUCCCGGUCGAGAGGCGGCGCCCGCGCCGAGCGCCUGCAAGUUGAGCCCCAUAUGGGGGUUGGCAGGCAGCAGAGAGGACCCUUUCAAGGUGUUCGUGUGAAGAACUCCGUGAAAGAACUCCUGCUGCACAUCCGAAGUCAUAAGCAGAAGGCUUCUGGCCAAGCUGCGGAUGACUUUAAGACACAAAGUGUGAAUAUAGAGCAGUUCACAGAAUUGAAGAACACAGUAUCAUAUACUGGGAAAAGGAAAGGGCCUGAUUUGUUUUCUGAUGGAACAGCUUGCAAAAGGCCAGCUCUGUUGCAUACCCAAUUUUUGACACCACCUCAAACACCAACGCCAGCAGAGAGCAUGGAAGAUGUUCAUCACAAUGAAUCCAAACAGGACAGCUGUGCCGACCUGCUUCAGAACAUUAUGAACAUUAAGAAUGAAUGCAGCCCAGUUUCCCUGAACACAGUCCAAGUUAGCUGGAUGAGCCCUGUGGUGGUCCCUCAGAGCUCUCCGCAAGAGCCGUGUCGGGACUUUCAUGGAGGGCAGAUCUUCUCCCCACCUCAGAAAUACCAACCAUUCCAAGUCAGUGGCUCCCCCCAAGUGAUGGACCAGGCUUCUAUGUACCAGUAUUCUCCGCAGAACCAGAAUACAGAACAGCCGCCCCCGCAACAUUACACCCAUAACCUGACUCUGGAAUACAGUCCUUAUUCCAGGACUUCCCAGUCCCCCGGCUGUGAAGCAAGCCUCUUUGAUAGUCAGGCACCACAGUUCUGCCCAAACCCCACUUUUACACCCCUCCUAAGUGAUCAUAGGGAAUCUGAGAAUAUUACUGUUCCCAUUCAGACUUCCCCCAGUGUCCAGCAGCAAAAUGAUACUCACUUGCAGAACUUCAGUCUGAUGCCAAACAGUGCUUGUCAGGCCAUGGCGGGGCAUGAUGCAGGCGCUACCUCUUUAAGCACACUCCAGGACAUCAGCAGUCCAAUGAGCACCACACAGUUAGGGAAGUCAUUUUUUCAGUGGCAAGUAGAGCAGGAAGAAAGCAAAUUGGCAAAUAUCUCCCAAGACCAGUUUCUUUCAAAGGAUGCAGAUGGUGACACGUUCCUGCAUAUUGCUGUUGCCCAGGGGAGAAGGGCACUUUCAUAUGUUCUCGCAAGAAAGAUGAAUGCCCUUCACAUGCUGGAUAUUAAAGAGCACAAUGGGCAGAGUGCCUUUCAGGUUGCAGUGGCUGCCAAUCAGCAUCUCAUUGUUCAGGACCUGGUGAACCUUGGGGCCCAGGUGAACACCACAGACUGCUGGGGAAGGACACCUCUGCAUGUCUGUGCUGAGAAGGGGCACCCCCAGGUGCUUCAGGCAAUUCAGAAGGGAGCUGUGAGGAGCAAUCAGUUUGUGGAUCUUGAGGCAACUAAUUAUGAUGGCCUGACUCCCCUUCAUUGUGCGGUCAUGGCCCACAAUGCUGUGGUGCAUGAACUGCAGAGAAAUCAGCAGCCUCAUUCACCUGAAGCCCAGGAGCUUUUACUGAAGAAUAAGAGUCUUGUUGACACCAUUAAGUGCCUGAUUCAAAUGGGAGCGGCAGUGGAAGCAAAGGACCGUAAAAGUGGCCGCACAGCCUUGCAUUUUGCAGCUGAAGAAGCAAAUCUGGAACUCAUUCGCCUCUUUUUGGAACUGCCUAGUUGCCUGUCUUUUGUGAAUGCAAAGGCUUACAAUGGAAACACUGCCCUCCAUGUUGCUGCCAGCCUGCAGUAUCGGGUGACACAGUUGGAUGCGGUCCGCCUGUUGAUGAGGAAGGGAGCAGACCCAAGUACACGAAACUUGGAGAAUGAACAGCCAGUGCAUUUGGUUCCUGAUGGCCCUGUGGGAGAGCAGAUCCGACGUAUCCUGAAGGGAAAAUCCAUUCAGCAGAGAGCUCCACCGUAUUAGCUCCAUUCACUUGGAGCCUGGUCAGCAACACUCACUGUCAGUUAGGCAGUCCUAAUGUAUCUGUACAUAGACCAUUUGCCCUGUAUUGGCAAAUGUAAGUUGUUUCUAUGAAACAAACAUAUUUAGUUCACUAUUAUAUAGUGGGUUAUAUUAAAAGAAAAGAAGAAAAAUAUCUAAUUUCUCUUGGCAGAUUUACAUAUUUCAUACCCAGGUAUCUGGGAUUUAGACAUCUGAAUUUGAUUUGAGUGGUAAAAUUGCCUUCAAUUAACAGUAGCUUUUGGGUAGGAAGAGACUUUGUUUUUGUGGCGGUGCUUUUGUAGCUGUUGCCAGUUUGAAAGCAGGUAAAUUAUAAACAUUUCUGUAGGAAAAAAGUGAAAGCAUUUGGAAAGAAAAAAAUAAAGCCUGGGUAUAGUGUUGAGGCUCAUUUGGCUUGGUGCAGUAACUGGUAAUUAUUUGUGUUGGAAAGUCUCUAGUCAGUGGACUAGAUGAAAGAUGUCCAUAGUUAGUUAGAAUUUGAUCUUUGCAAACUGUAAAUAAUUGUUACUUUUGUCUUUAAAAAUAUUGUACAUAUUUGGCCAUUAACAUGACCAUUUUUGAAAUGUUUUGAUCAAUAGGAAAUAGCAAGUGAAUUGAUAUGUAUUUUUUAAAAAGCUUACGUAUUCAAAGGAGCUAUUACUGUGUAAUCACCCAACUAAAGUCUUUGUAAGGUAAAGUAGAUGGAGAUUGUUCCCUUAGUGGCUGAAAGAGCUGUUUGAAUUGUAAAUAUGCUUUUUCUCAUGCAUUAAAAUGACACAUUUUGUGGCUCACCCUGUAGAAUUUAUAACUUAUAUGUCUUGUUAAGAUUUUUGUUUUUCUAUGUAAUAGAAUGAAAGUCAAUGUUAAAACAUGUCUUCCUGUUUUCUGUUGUCGAACAAUAAUAAUGCACUGUGAUGUUUUAUAUUAACAUUCAGGAAAAAGAUGCCCCAAGGAACAUAUUUGGCUUUGAUUGAACACUAAAUUUUUGUAAUAAAUUUAGCUCAUUGAGAACUUUUUUUUUUCUUAAAUGGUCUCACAAGCAAUUGACUAAAUUAUCUUUGUAGCUAAGUACUUAUAUUCUUUUAAAAAGAUACACCUUUGAAUUGAUCACAUUGUUUGACCCAGUAUGUCUUGUGGACAAAAAUUAGAGUCAUUUGGUAUCUGUAAAUAUAGUAUGAUGUAAACCAGUCCACUCACACUGGAAAAAGUUUUCCAUGAUUUUAAAUAAACAUUAUU